GUCAUGAUUCGGAAAAUUUAUAGCAGUUUAAAUGUGCUUGAAUCUAAUAUUGAAAUACUUGAGGAAUUAUUUUCGUUAUGCUGACACUGAGGGUUUCUGAUAAAUCAGCUGGACCCAUUUUGACGUUAAAUUUGUGGAACUUUCACAAAAAUAUGUCCGCGAAAUAUUACAAUUUGAGCAGCGAAUAAUUAUUUUCCAGAAUCCUAAAAUUAUAAUGGAAUAUAAGAGCUUUCCACAAAGAUGGAUAUUACUUGGAGUUCUAUGCUGUGUCGGAUUUUCGCAGCUGUACACCCUAACCGGAUUCGUAGUAUUGAACAAUGUCGUAAGUCAGUUUUACCAAGUUCCGCCGUCUCUGACGGAUUUAUUAGCAAUAUUUGGUUCACUUCUCGGUUGUCCAGUUGGAUUGAUAUCUGCCUACUUCAGUGACAAAUUGGCACUUCGUUCCUUGAUGCUCUUAACAACUGGAUCGCUAUUUUGUGGAUCAGUUAUAUGUACAAUUGGAUUUUCCUCAGGGAAUUUAUUUUGUGUCACAGUCAUUGGACGGAUCAUAAUGACGUCUUCGAUUGGAAUUCUAUACACAACUCAAGUUAUUUUGGCGGCAUGUUGGUUUCCAGCUCACCAGACAGCGACGGCACUUACUCUGCCUCUGUGCUUUUUUAUGAUUGGCUCAGUUUCGGCUUCAUUAAUAUAUCCUCAUUUCAUUCCCAAAGCAACGUUUACUAUUGACGCAAAUGUCAGUGGGCAUGCAUCGCAAAAAGUGACGAACUUAUUCGUCACUACAUAUUGCGCCUUAUCAGCGUUGUUGCUUAUCUGCCUUUGUCUUACAUUUGGAUAUUGUAAGAAUUACCCGCCUUCACCUCCAAGUCGAGCACAAGAGGAAGUUCUUACCAACAUGCAAAAACACAACGAGCAGACAAAAUCAAUGAUGCAAAAAUUUAGCGAAAUGUGGACUAUCGUUUCGAGAAGGUCAUUCGUAUUACUCUGUAUGACCGAAAUAUUCGCAACUAGCGGUCUAGUUUUUCUGCAAUUUCUAUUACCUUCAUUUGUACUAGAUAUUUUCCCGAAUUUGCAUGAUACAGUGCCAGGAACAAUUCUUGUAAUCAGCAUUAUUGCAGGAGCGUUUACAAUGCCUAUUGCGGGUAAACUUGUUGACAAAUACAAAAACUUCAAAACUAUGGCAAUAUUGGGUCCAUCGGUGAUGUCAGUAUGUACACUCGGAAUAGUAUUUGCUUAUCAAUACAAGAACAUUGUUUCAUUAUACAUUUUGUAUUUCAUAUUCAGUAUUGGAAGAAGCAUUUACCGCCCAUCAGCUACCGAACUUCUAUUGGAAAUAUCGUAUCCAGAUGAUAAGCUCCUGGUUACGUCACUGAUUAUGGUGAUAAUAAAUUUGGCCCUAUUCUCAUUUACGCUCAUAAUGAGAGCUAUUCUCACAUUCGCAGGCGCCGUUAUUGCUUCUGCAUGUACAGGAUUCUUCCUCAUUUUGACAAUAGUUUUUGUGUCACUUGUAGCACCUGAUUAUAAAAGACACAAUGCCGGAAUUACAAAGUACACAACCAUUGAUGAACAGUGAUCACAACUUGAACUUGUACAUCUCGAGUUGACACUUCAAACUUCUGACACUUCAGCAAAUUAUCUGGUAUAUCAUUAAAUGGAAUAAAAUUAGCUCUUCAGUAUUAGUAAUGUGUAUUGGAUAUUUUAAAGAAAAUCUGGUAGCGGGGAUAGAGGAAAAUACAUACAGCUCAAGCAUUUGCAUUUCACAGUAGUGUAGUCUACAAAUUUUGAUUCGGACUCAAUUCUGUUAUAAUUCAACCGGUUCCUGCACGAUAUUUUAGUUUGGUUUUGAGGACGACAAUGCAACCCCUGGAAUAUGCUGGCUAAUAUGCUCCG